AUGGCACAGGACGAUUCCUCCAGCGGAGCUGCCGUCGACAGGAGUACUCUGAGAUGGAUCUCUAACGAGUAUUACGAACUGAACGGUCUCCAUUUUGAUGUCCUGCACAGUCCACCAACACCACUGGAGUUCUCAAGGUUGGUGCAUAUUGGGAGACCUGUUCUCAUAAAGAAUUGCGAGUUCUCGGAGGACCUGUCUCGCUGGUCGGACGAAUACCUGGUCAGAAAACUGGGAGACGGGAAUAUUUCUGUGGCUGUUACACCGAACGGCCGCGCGGAUGCAAUCACUGCUGGCCCUGAUGGCAGAUUGUACUUCGCUGAGCCACACGUACAGCGGAUGUCGAUGUCCGCCUUCUUGGCCAGCUUGUCUUCAGACUCAGACCAACCUCAAGGGCCAGAACAGGAAGAAAUCUGUUACCUCCAGUCUCAGAACGGUAAUUUAUAUACCGCUUGUUAUUUCAAUCUUUCUGGUGAUCCAGAUCCUUCGGAAUUUGAGCCAUUGCGCGAGGAUGUUCCCAGCGAGAUUCCAUGGUGCAGCGACGCAUUGGAGAAAAGUCCGGACGCCGUCAACUUGUGGAUCGGGGACAGCAGGAGCAUUACAAGCAUACAUAGCGAUCCAUACGAAAAUAUAUAUACUGUCGUUCGUGGUGCAAAACACUUCACUCUGCUUCCUCCCACGGAAGGAUGGUGCCUUGAAGAACGCACCUACCCUCACGCACAAUACAUCCGCUCACCCAAAACCUCACCCAAAACAUCUGAGCUCGUAUUGUCUCCGUCUCCUUCGACCGCAGUCCCCAUUCGUUGGUCUUCCGUGGUCGACCCCAACCUCCCUGGGGCACUCCCAGCGGAGGCGCAUCCCAUUCAGAUUUCAGUGCAGGCGGGAGAUGCCCUGUAUCUUCCUGCGGGCUGGUGGCACUACGUGCGUCAGUCUAGUGUGACCAUCGCUCUGAAUUAUUGGUACGAUCUGGAGAGUCGAGGGAUGUCGUGGGUGUGGCUGAAUUUCCUCCGAGGUUUGGGCGAGCCUCCUUCGGGGAACGUGGAGGGGAAGGGCGUGGAUUCUUGA